AUGGCAGCCCUUGGCAGGAAAUUCGGUGUUCUGUUUAUCGGGGCAGGAAACAUCACUUUCGGCAAUGACAACGUUCUUUGGAAUCACUCGUUACGGAUCGAAGCAUACCUGGGUGCGAGACUCGAUGUCGUUGGAAUCAUCGAUCCUUCUGCAGAACGUGUCAAACAAGUUCUCUCCCAGAAGUCAACGUCGGCAGCAGCGACAUGCUAUGCACAUACAAAGCAUUUUCUCACUCUACAAGAGGCCCAGGAGAAGUUGGCGCAAAUGAAGAUUCAUCCGGAUCUCAUGCUGCUGGCGACACCGCCUCAUUUUCGGGGAACCAUGCAGCAUGGUCGUGAUCUUGAGGUACAAGUCGUUUCUGCGUUUGGUUCUGCCCUGGCACUGUUUGUUGAGAAGCCUGUAUCAACUGCCCGACCUCUCGAAGUCUGGUCAGUUGCCAAAAUACUUCAACAAUCAGGAAAUAAGGUCGCAGUCGGCUAUAUGCUUCGGUAUCUCAAGGUUGUGCAGAAAGCCAUGUCUAUUCUCCACGACAACAACGUCAAGGUAAUGGCUGUAAAUGCUCGAUAUAGCAUGGCUUAUUCGAAAGUGAGAAAGACGGACUGGUGGAACAAGGCGAAGCAGUGUGGCCCAAUUGUCGAGCAAGCAACACAUUUUUGCGACCUCUGCCGAUAUCUUGGUGGAGAGGUUGACCUCGCCACCGUCAGAGCUUGCGCACUGGAGCACUAUGAGCCUGCUGGACAGCUCUCUAGCAUGCUUGUGGACGAGUCGCAAAUACCAACUGAUGAACGAAUUCCUCGCGUGACUGCGGCAUUCUGGAAAUAUCAGGGCGGAGCGGUUGGAUCGCUUAUGCACAUCGUCGCACUGCAUGGUAUUCGGUACUCGAACGAGAUCGUCGUUGCUGGGGAUGGCUUCCAGCUUCGUCUAGUUGACCUAUACAGCGCUCCCACUCUUUACGUGAGAACCCCGAUUUCGGAACAAGAAGAAUCAUUCACCUUCAUCAAUGACGACCCAUUCUAUUCGGAAUUUGCAGGCUUGCUAGGCUCCCUCGGUGCUGUUCCUUGCCCGGAAGCUGUAAAAAAUGCCAGAAGCGAAGAACAGGGCUUUUUCGCUCCCUCGGACGGAAUCCUGUCAUCGUACGAGGAUGCUUGCAAGACCUACGAGUUCACGUGGAGAAUUCGAGAUGAGAGCGAGAAGUCAAGCCAACUGUUUCGCGAAAUGUGA